GCUACGCCAGUCUUUGGGCAACAUGUGAGAUGAGCUCGAUUUUUGUGACUUUCCAAGAGACUUUUAUAUUCGGCAAUCAGUGAAACGCUCAUCAUCAUGCACGAACGGCUCCUUCCCGCAUCUCCCAAUUGGUACUGCUCCCGCUGCUGUGACGUCAGCUGCGGCGGCUUGCUGGGCGUUGGAGCCAAAAACUUCAUCUACUUGAUUGACGUGUCGGCAGCCACCUGCAGUACUCAAGGUGUUCUUGUGGGCCACAGAGGCUUGGUGUCAGGCGUUUCUUUCUGCCAGGACGCUACGCAGAGUCACAUCUGUGCCAGCUCCUCCGGCGAUGGAGUCGUCAUCUUCUGGGACACGAAUGCUAAAUCUGUGUUACGGGAGCACGCGUCUCAUCAGAGCGCCGUCUCGGCCUUGCACUGGUCCCCGCUGGACAAAAACCUGGUCGUGUCCGGGGACGAGAAGGGGAUCGUGAUGUGUCACCGGUACAACACGGGAGACACGGCACGCUUCUUCCCCGAACCCAGGACCAUCGUCUGCCUCACCUGCUCCCCGCACACCUGGAGUACGGUGGCCGUCGGCUACAAAGACGGCAUGAUCGCGCUAAUCGACGUGAGCAAGAAGGGGGAGGUGACGCGCCGUCUCCGCGGGCACGACGACGACAUCCACUCGCUGGCGUGGUCGCCGCUCGCCAACGAGGACGUUCUCAACUGGAGAGCGGACGCCGGGGACGCUUCUAACGGGGUGAAUGCAGGAGAGGAGAAGGGCUGCUACCUGGCAUCUGGAAGCAAAGACCAGACUGUGAGGGUCUGGAGCACGGCCACAGGAAAAGGUGUGACCACCUUGAAGCUGCCCUACUUGAAGAGACGAGGCUCCGCCGUUGACCCGACGCUCAAAGAGAGACUCUGGCUCAACGUCCACUGGCCCAAAGGACGACCCGCGCAGCUGGUUUCCAGCUGCUUCAGCGGCGAGCUGGUGAUGUGGGACCUGACCCGGACGGGCAAGCAGAAGUGGACCCUGUUCGGCUCGUCCUCCGAGGGCCAGAACCACAGCAGGAUCGUGUUCAACACCGCCGCCUUCACGCUGCCGGACGGCCGGGAGCUGCUCGUCAGCACGUCCUUGAACAGAGAGGUUAAAUGCUGGGACCUGGCCGACCUGGACUGCCGCUGGACGCUGCCCACGCUGGGCGGCUUCGUGUACAGCCUGGCCUUCUCGCCCGUCGCCACCGGCUGCCUGGCGCUGGGCGUGGGGGACAACAUGAUCCGGGUUUGGAACACGCUGUCCGCCCAGAACCAGUACGACGCCCGCUGCUUCUGGCAGGGCAUCAAGUCCAAGGUCACGGCGCUGGCUUGGCAUCCUAAACGCGAGGGAACCUUGUCUUUUGGAACAGACGACGGCAAAGUGGGAAUCUACGAAGUCUUCUCCAGCAAGCCGCCUCAGAUCUCCAGCACCUACCACAAAAAGACGGUGUACUCGCUGGCCUGGGGACCGCCGCUCCCCCCGAUGUCAUUUGGUGCAGCGGAGGGCAAGGCGUCCCACAGCCUGUACAGCUGCGCUGGCGAGGGCGUCAUCCUGCAGCACAACCCGACCGAGCUCAGCGGCGACGCGUGCGACAUCGACAAACUCAUCCGGCAGACCAACAACAUCAAGCACAAGCUGUCUCCUCACACCGACCUCAGCUGGAAACCGGACGGCAAAGCGGUCGCUAUCGGCAACGAGGACGGGUGCAUCGACGUCUACCAGGCUCCGUCCCUGAAGCUGCUGUGCAGCAUCCAGCAGCACCACAAGGUCAUCAACGCGCUGCGAUGGCACCCCGACGACAACGCGCCCCCGGAGCUGCACGGUCUGCUGGCCUCGGGCUCCUGCAACGCCAUCGUCUACGUGCACGACCUGCGCCAGGUCUUAGAGAACCCUCCGGAAAGCCCGUUGGUGUUGACGGAGCCGUAUCGCAGACUUUGCGGCCACACGGCCAAAAUCACCGGCCUGGCUUGGAGUCCGCACCACAGCGCCAGACUGGCCAGCGCCUCGUAUGACGGGACCGCCCAGGUGUGGGAUGUACAGCAGGAAGCGGCGCUCUCCAACUACCGGGGUCACGUGGGCUACCUGCUGUGCGUGGACUGGUCCCCCGUGGACCCGGACGUCAUCUGGACCGGAGGGAAGGACUUCACCGUGCAGGAGUGGAGAGUCUCCAAGCAGGAGUUCACUACGCCGCCCAAAGGAAAGAAGAUGGUGGACCUGAAGGAGAAGGCCAAGCAGAAGAAGAAAAACAGAAAGACAACCGAAGCAUCGUCUCCAGGAGUAAUCGGCGAGCGCGUUACGGGGGUAACCACGGCGACCAACGGACAGGAAGCCUCGGAUGAAGCCGACGAGGACGAGGUCUGCUCUGCGAGCAGUCCUGUGCCUCCACCAGCCAGCGGAGCAACUCAAAGGAAAACCACAACUGUAGUGAAGAGCAAAGACAAACAAGACUCGAACGUUCUGAAGAGGAAGAAGGCUCGCUCCAUCCUGCCCCUCAGCACGUCCAUGGACCAUCGGCCCAAAGAGGAUCUGCUCCAGGAUUGCCUCACGAUGGCCUCCAUCGCGCACGCCGCUGCGCCCCCUGCGGGCUGCGUCGCCGGCCAGGGCGAGCACGUCCAUCUGGGCCUCUUCUCCGACAGAGCGGCCCUACGUCGCAUGUUCCACGUAGAAGAGGAGGCUCACGUGGAGGGCGGGCACGUGGAGUCGGCCGUCUACCUCCGGCUGUGGAGCGGCGACCUGGAGGGGGCGCUGCAGCUGGCCGCAGAGAGAGGAGAACUGAGCGACCACCUGGUCUCCAUGGCUCCCAUGGCGGGCUACGCGGUGUGGCGCGGCGCCGUGGAGCGCUACGUCAAGCAGCUGUGUCUGCAGGAGCAGCACCUGAAGGCGGCGGCCCACCUGCUGUCCAUCAACCAAGUGUACGAGGCCGUACACCUGCUGCGCUCUCACAAGCUCCACAGGGAGGCGAUCGCUCUGGCCAAAGCGCGGCUGCCCGAGGACGAUCCCGUCAUCAAGGAGCUCUACACCAGCUGGGCUGUCAUGUUGGAAAAAGACGGACAUUUCUCCGCAGCCGCAAAAUGUUACAUCGCGGUCGGCGACAGCUUCGACGCAGCCAAGGUGAUCGCCCGCAAGAACGACGUGACCUCGCUGAGGACGGCGGCACGUUUGGCGAGCGUGGCGGGCGAGGUUACGCUGGCCCAGUCGCUGGCGCUGCGCUGCGCCAAAGAUUUGGCGGCCGCGCGGGACUGGAUCACCGCGCAGGAGGUCCUCGCCUCACACCCCAGCCUGCUGGUUCACAGGCUUCACCUCAGCGUGGCCGAGCUGCUGUGCGCCUCGCUCUCGCUCAUCCACCCUGGGAUGCGCGGCGUCGGGCACGCCUGGGCGUCGCCGGGCGAGGGCGGCAUCCUGGAGUGGGCGCGCGACAUCUGGACCCAACAAAUGGGCGUCUCUGGGGCCGACUCGGACGCCGGUCGCAGCAACCUUAACGCUCUGCUUGUGGAACUCCAGAGCAUGGAGAGCCCCACCCCCACCGCCAGCCUCCCCCUCACGCAGGUGCUGCUGUGUUUGUCCCGUCAUGUGACCCGCGGCGUCCUGUCCUGGUUGUUGGACGACGGCAGCGAGCUGGCGAAGGAGCUAUGGCUGGCGUCAGCGUGGCUGCGGGAGGCCGCCGACUUCCAAGUGUCGGCCGCCCUCUUUGGGAUUCUAGCAAAUGCCUUGGCGGUGUUCCAUUGUAAUCUGGACGAAGAAGCCAGAGCCGCUGCCGACAGCCUUCGGGCGUGGGCCGCUUACCACCGUCUGUACGAGUUCUGGUGGCGGCGCCCGGGAAAUGUCAUCAGCAACGGACUCCAUCUCGAAGGAUCACCGGAAGAAGAAACUAAGACGUCCGGUGAGCUGGACUUCGACGCUCCCUCACUUCUGUCCGAGGCUCACGCCGCCUGCCAGGCCGAGCGGCGGGCGACUGAGGAGUUGCAGGAGCGCCUGGCCGCCAUGGUGGCUCUGCACGGACGCAAUAUGGCCACCCACGGAGAGCAGCAUGCCGAGGCCGGACAGCAGCCUGAAGAGGAGGAGACUUUCCUCUCCUUGACUGCGAAGAUGUCCAAACAUCAACAACAGCUGACCGACAUUCCCGACAUCAUCAAGUCAAAUUCUCGUCCAGAUGUGGCUGAGUGCUGCCUGGUCCUCCUCCACCUCGGUUCUUCCGUCCCCGAGUGCCUGCGGGGGGACGCCGAAGACCUGCUGCGGAAAUACGGAACAUGCCGGACGCUGGAGAAGGUCUCCCGACGAUUCUUUAACUAAAUUGAGACAGUACAGCCUUUGUGUUGGAUUCAAAUAAAAACUCAUAUGUCA